GUGUCAGUCCCUCCGCUCCACCCCCGCGUAGCCUCCGCCCCCGGCCGGGGUCCGCGCCUCGCGCCGCCGCGGCUCCGGCUCGGCGGAAAUGCGGAGCUGCCUGCUUCGGUUUCCUGCCUGAACCGAGUUCUACCGAGCCGUGCAGUGCCGUCCUCAGCCGUGCUGUGCCGUUCCGGGCCGUCCCGAACCGUGCGCCCCGUCCCGACCUCCCCGUCCCGUCCUGUCCCCGGCCGCUCCGCCGCGCUCCACCAUGGGCGAGCGGCCCCCGGCCGCCUUCUCCUGCAGCGCGGCCGCCUCGCUGGAGCCACGGCAAUGAACGGGCAGGCUCUGCCGGCCGGAACGCCAGCGCAUCCCCGGGGCUGGCAUGAGUUCUGUGAGCUCCACGCCAUCAGCACCGCCAAGGAGCUGGCGCGGCACUACCUGCGCUUCGCCACCGAGCACCCGCACCAUGACCUCCUGGCUGCAGAGAACUUUUCGGUGCAGUUCACCGACCUCUUCCAGCAGUAUUUCUGCCACGAGGUGAAGGAAUGUUUCGCCAUGAACCAGCUCCGGAUCCUGCCCGCCGGCCCGGUGCGGGAUUACCGGGAGACGCACCGGCGGCACACCGACGCCUCCUUGGGCACGGUGGCCACCAAAGCCGAGACGGAGGUAGCCACUCACCCUGAGCAGCCCAGCCGCGUCCCCGAGGCCACCCCGACGGGGCUGCGCAAGUCCUGGAGCUCGGAGGAGCUGGUGGGGCCGGCGCGGAGACCGUUCUCGCUCAGCCAACUGCGCCGGAGCUGGCGGAGCCUCUUCCGACGCCGUUCCUCGGACACCCUGCCCGGGGACGGGGACGGGGAGGUGACAACGGAGGCGACGGCAGCUCUGAAGCCGGGACUGGGCAAACGCAUCCUGCCCUGGGGGCUGCCGCGGGAGCAGCCCCCCGAGGUGCGCAAGGAGGGGCUGCUUAAGUACGGGCUGCUGGAUGAGACCUCUCUGGACGUGGGGACACGCUGGCAGCGGUGCCGCCUGGUGCUGCGGCGAGCAGGGAUGGCUGACGGUGAGGACUACGUGCUGGAGCUCUUUGACCCACCCAAGGGCUCCAAGCCGAAGCUGCUGACCUCCUGCUCCAGCAUCCGGGAGGUGCGGAGCUGCACGCGCCUCGAGAUGCCCGACAACCCCCACACCUUUGUCCUCAAGGUCACCAAUGCCACCGAUGUGGUGUUUGAGGCAGGGGAUGAGCAGCAGCUCAGCUCCUGGACAGCCGAGAUCCGGGAAUGUGCACACAAGGGCAGGUGUGACACAGGUGACCCUGAGCUCCUGGCGUGCCGGCACCCCGACCCCGUGGCAACCAGCCCCACCACCAGCACCAACACCCUCGGCCAAGGGGUGACGCCGGGGGUCCCGGGGGAGGCGGCGGGGCCGAAGAUGGAGCAGCUCCUCUCCUCCUGCCCCUGGUUCCAUGGGCCCAUCUCCCGGGUGAAGGCAGCUCAGCUGGUGCAGCUGGGGGGGCUGGAGGGUCACGGAGUCUUCCUGGUGCGGCAGAGCGAGACCCGGCGCGGGGAGUACGUCCUCACCUUCAACUUCCAGGGCAGAGCAAAGCACCUCCGGCUGGCGCUGACGGAGCGGGGUCAGUGCCGGGUCCAACACCUCCGCUUCGCCUCCAUCCUGGAGAUGCUGCACCACUUCCACCGCUUCCCCAUCCCCCUGGAGUGUGGGACAGCCUGCGACGUCCGCCUCUCCAGCUACGUCGUUGUCCUCCCCCAGCCCCAAGCUCCCGUCUCCACCAGCACCAUCCCUCUGCCCCUGCCCAGCUGGAGCCCCGAAUUCAACCUGAACCCCACCAGCUCCUCCUGCCCUGAGACCCCCCCGGGUCCCCCACCGGAGCAGAUCUUCCACCUGGUGCCAUCCCCAGCUGAGCUGGCUCAGAGCCUGCGUCCCAGUGGGGUGGCCCCAGCCCCCGGCCCCCGGCCCCACGAUUCGGACUAUGAGGGGGACACUGGGGGCCGGGGCCACGUCCGAGCCAUCGACAACCAGUACACACCACUCUGACUGGUGCUGGGAUGCACUUUUGGGUGGAGAAACCCUGGAGACCUCCCGGGUGUCCCAUCAAGAGAAAGAAUGUACCUAGUUUCUUCCUUCUGGUUAGGGAUGAUUAUUAUAUUUACCCCGUUCUAUUAUAUGUGGGGUAAUUUUUCACUCCAGUACGGGUGUGCUCCCUCUCUUUGGCCUGUUAAAGGGCCUUUAAUUUUUUUUUUAUUAUUAUUUUUAUUUUAUUUGUUGUUAUUAUCAAAGCUUUCUUGUUACUGUUUACACUCUCUGCUCCUGCCUGUGUCCCUGCGUGCCGAGCGUUGCGCCUGUGGGCUCGGUGUCCCUCUUGUCCCUGCCACCACAGGGAACCUGGGUCUUGUGUUACACCUGUGUAGUUAGAGGGAAAAAAAA